AUGGUGCGGACCAAAGCAGACAGUGUCCCAGGCACCCACAGAAAAGUGGUGGCUUCUCAAGCUCCCAGGAGGGUGCUUGGUUCCUCCACCUCUGCCACUAAUUCUAUGUUGCUUUCAUCGAAGCAAGCUGAAAAUAAGUAUGCAGGAGGGAAUCCAGUUUGUGUGCAUCCAGCUCCCACGUGGCAAAAAGGCAUUGGAGAAUUCUUCAGGCUGUCCCCUAAAGAUUCUGAAAAAGAGAAUCAGAUUCCUGAAGAGGCAGGAAACAGUGCCUUAGGAAAAGCAAAGAGGAAAGCAUGUCCUUCGCAACCUGAUCCCACAGAUGAUGAAAAAGAAUAG